AAACGACUACCAUGUCGUCUAUUUCGAGAUUAGAUGGAAAAAUCGCACUAAUUACAGGGGCCAGUUCUGGUAUUGGGGCAGGAACAGCAAUUUUGUUUUGUAAACUUGGUGCAGAGGUAGCCAUCACAGGCAGAAAUAUUGACAAUUUGGCCAAAACAGCUGUCGAGUGUGAAAAUGGAAACGGUAAAAAGCCUUUUAUUAUUAGUGGGGAUUUAGCUAAUGAAGAUUUUGUGAAGCAACUCGUGGAAGAAACAGUAAAGCAUUAUGGGAAGUUGGACAUAUUGGCAUGUGAGAUAAUAACACUCUGUAGAUUGGGGAAUAAACAAGAUGACUUUAAUGUCACCACAAUAUGA